CGCUGGCGCGCGGCCCGGAGGCGCUGAGUAGCGACUUCGUGGGGUCGGCACAGCCACUUAGCCUGCCCCGCUCAUGGAGGCAGCGGCGGCUCGGCUGCUGGCUGGCAGCGCGCUGGAAGAAGUUGCUGCGGCUGAGGUCGAAGAGGUUGCUGCCUGUGUUCUCCUCUAGGAUUUUGAUGGACUCCUGUCUGACAUUGAGCUCUUUCAACCAUUUGGAGUCUAUUUUUGUGUGUGGUGUAAGGAAAUGGUCCAGUUUCAUUCUUCUGCAUGUGGCUGUCCAAUUUUCCCAACACCAUUUGUUGAAGAGACUCUUUUUUCCAUUCAGAGCCUGUUUUCUUAACUCUGUUGCUGCACCAUCUCUGAAGCUGAAACACCAGAGAAGCUGAAACACUAGAACUGGCCUGGAAAACCAAGAGAGCCCUGGUGCCUGCAGCCCCCAGGGCAGGUCGACGGGGGGCUCUCCUCCCCGCUCAGUUGUCCCUGAGCCCUCACCUAUUCCCGCCCCACUCUAGAAUGCUCUUUGCAGUGGUCACCCAGUAGUGUUAUUUAUAUUCAGGUUUCCCCUUCAAAGAAGUCCAUGAAAUGCAACAUUUUGAGAAUGAGUUCCAGGGCUCCUGGGUGGUGCAGUCGGUUGAGCCUCUGACUCUUAAUUUCGGCUCAGGUCAUGGUCUUAGGGUUGUGGGAUUGAGCCCCAGGUGGGACUUAAAAUUCUUUCUCUCACUCUGCCCCUGCCCCGCAAAAUAAGUAAAUCUUAAAAAAAAGAAAGAAAGAAAGAAUUCCACCUAGAAAGUUCUAUUUUCUUAAAGGUAAAAGCUAAUCCUCUGGGAAAUUUGUUGGUUAGAAGAGCUUAUUGCUUGAAUAAAGGAUAUAAUGUUAAACUGGUUUGUGUUUUUGUUCACAAGACAGUGAAUUUUAAAAUGUUCCAGCUUCUGCUCCUCUUUUUUGGUGACCCAAGAGCUAAGAAGAAACUUCCCAACUUGCCUGUCUUCUUGGAAAACUCCUCCCCGUGUCCUGAAAUCUUCCCAGUCAGCAGCUCUCCUUGGUGUAACAAACCCCGGGCUGUCCUGUGCCCCCCUCCAGAUGUUUACAGAUGAGGAGAUGAUGAUAAAGAACAUAGUUAACAAAUUUGCCCAGGAACAGGUUGCUCCUCUGGUUUCAACAAUGGAUGAAAAUUCAAAAAUGGACACCUCGAUAAUACAAGGAUUAUUUCAACAAGGGUUGAUGGGUAUUGAAAUUGAAACAAAGUAUGGAGGAACAGGAGCUUCCUUUUUUACAUCUAUCCUAGUGAUAGAGGAAUUAGCCAAAGUUGAUGCCUCUGUGGCUUUGGUAUGUGACAUCCAGAACACAGUAGUUAACAAUCUAAUUAGAAAAUACGGAACAGAAGAACAAAAGGCUACCUAUUUGACCAAGCUUGCGACAGAAAAAGUAGGAAGUGUCUGCCUUUCAGAGGCUGGAGCAGGUAGUGAUUUAUUUGCCUUGAAGACCAGAGCUGAUAAAAAGGGAAGCUAUUAUGUCAUCAAUGGGUCAAAGAUGUGGAUCAGCAACGCAGAAUAUGCAGGUAUCUUCCUGGUGAUGGCGAACGUAAACCCUGACCUUGGGUAUAAAGGAAUUACGUGCUUCCUAGUAGAUCGUGACACUGAAGGCCUUCACAUAGGGAAAGCGGAAAACAAAAUGGGGAUUAGAGCUUCUUCCACCUGCCCAUUAACCUUUGAAAACGUCAAGGUUCCAGAAGCCAAUAUCCUGGGACAAAUUGGACACGGCUAUAAGUAUGCCAUAGGGAGUCUUAAUGAAGGCAGAAUAGGAAUUGCUGCACAGAUGCUGGGACUCGCUCAAGGGUGCUUUGACUACACUAUUCCCUAUAUGAAAGAAAGGAUGCAGUUUGGCAAAAGGAUAUUUGAUUUUCAGGGACUCCAACACCAAGUGGCCCAUGUUGCCACCCAGCUGGAAGCUGCAAGAUUGCUAACCUACAACACUGCUAGGCUUUUAGAAGCUGGAAAGCCAUUCAUAAAAGAAGCAUCUAUGGCCAAAUACUAUGCCUCAGAGGUUGCAGGCCUCACAACUAGUAAGUGUAUUGAGUGGAUGGGAGGAGUCGGCUACACCAAAGAUUACCCUGUGGAAAAAUACUUCCGAGAUGCAAAAAUUGGUACAAUAUAUGAAGGAACUUCAAAUAUCCAGCUGAACACCAUUGCAAAGCACAUUGGUGCAGAAUACUGACCUCCGAGGGAGUGGGGCCUCUCCCCCUGGUUGCUGGUAGAAAAUUCUGAACUAUCGUGCCUUGUUGGGGAAGUAAACCUCCACAACAUCGAAGCAUUCUGUUUAAGCCCUUAGUCAUGGUUCUUGGGCUAGACCUUUACCGUUUUAUCUGUUGUUCCAGUCUGCAUCAGAGACGCAUGGGAAAUCAUUUUUCGAAUUUGGGAAGAAAUGCAUCCAUAUUUUCUCCAGAACUAUUUUUAGAGUUGUGUACGUAUUAAUCAUUCCAACUUUGGGGCAGACAGAAGUUUCACUCUGUCAGCAUUUGGAAAAAUACAUUUGAAGUAUUACUUAACAGACAUGGCUAUUUUAUAUUCCUGUUAAAUUUUUAUUUUUUAAAAUCAUUUGGAGAAGGUUUUGUCACAGUUGGCAGUUCUAUAGAUCAAUUCUGAGUUUCUAAACUAGGUAGAAACUGAAAAUGUAUUUAGAAAAAUCUAAAAAAAGUUUAAGUUAAAGAAAAAUCUGAAAGUUCUAGUUCUAAAUAUCUGGAAGUGGGUGGAAAAUAGUGUAUAGUUCUAUAGAUCAUAUGAUUGAAGACAUUAUUUUAACAAAGUAAAGCAAUAUAAUUGUUGCUAUAAUUGACCUGCAUAAAAGAUGCAUUUCAUGAUGAUAUCAGCAGAUCAUUUUAUUUACUUAUUUUUUUUGACAUUUGAUUUUUUUUUUUUUUUUUUUGAGAGAGAGAGAGAGAGAGAGCACAUGUGAGAGGGGAGGGUCAGAGGGAGAAGCAGACUCCCUUGCUGAGCAGGGAGCCCGAUGUGGGACUCGAUCCCGGGACUCCAGGAUCAUGACCUGAGCCGAAGGCAGUCGCUUAACCAACUGAGCCACCCAGGCGUCCCUCAGCAGAUCAUUUUAAAAACAAGUCUCUUGGGGCACCUGGCUGGCUUAGUCAGUAAAGCAAUGCGUGACUCUUGAUCUCAGGGUUGUGAGUUCGAGCCCCAUGUUGGGCAUGGAGCCCACUUACAAAAAAAAUCUAAAACAAGUCUCUCUAUUAGUUUUCAAGCAUAAACUUUAAGUAAUUUUGUUUCAUAAUCAGAACAUAUUCAAUAUUAUAAUAUUCAUUGUAUUGUGCACUACUUCUCAACAAUGUCAUUUCUUUCUAUAUUUGAAUUGAAUAGUGUUUCCUCAAACUUAGUUAUUGGGCCUGAUCAUGAAUAGUAAUGCAGAAAUUAUGUUUUGGUUCAGUGAUGUUCAAGAGAGAGAAAUCUUGUUCCUGUAAAGAAGUAUAUCUGGGGCGCCUGGGUGGCUCAGUCGUUAGGCGUCUGCCUUCGGCUCAGGUCAUGAUCCCGGGGUCCUGGGAUCGAGCCCCGCAUCGGGCUCCCUGCUCCACGGGAAGCCUGCUUCUCCCUCUCCCACUCCCCCUGCUUGUGUUCCCUCUGUCGCUGUCUCUCUCUCUCUGUCAAAUAAAUAAAUAAAAUCUUUAAAAAAAAAAAAGUAUAUCAAAAUCUUACAAGGAAUGAGAGAAGGGGCCUGUAGAGUUUGAAAAAACAUUCAGUGGUGUAAAAAAUAAUAUAAAAAUAAUUUUAUAUCGGGAAAGAAAAAAUCUAUUGUUUCACAGUACAAUAGAUUAUGGAAAGGCAGAGCUCAACAAAAUGUAUAGGUGGUGAUGCCAUUUUUUUUUAAGACAAGACGAGGAUCCAGACGCACUGGCUCCCAGUUCAGUGCUCUGCCUCCUAUUUGACGUCAUCUCUGUUCAACAAAUUUUGGAUUUCAGUCUCGUUAUACUUCAGUAUUCUUGUUGAUUUAUUUUAGGUGUAACUGACAAAGAGUUAAUAUUUCAAAAGUAUUGCCACUGAUCAUUGUCAUUACUUACAUAUAUUAAUCACCUCCCAAAGACACCAGCUCCCGUAGGUUAAAGUUGGCAUGUUCGAUGUGACGAUUAUUGUCUGAUUUGGUUUUAUGAUUAUGACGUAUGUUAGUAAAUGCACUAGUUAUAUCCUU